AGUGUGAUAUACGCCCCCAGCUCUAACAACAUGUAAAUAACUUAGUUUUAGGUGGCUUUGUAGCUAAAAAUGUCUGUAGCAGCAGUUGACCAGAGGGUCGUGAGGGCUCCGGUGAGCCUGUGCGUCCUCUGCGGGCUGCCCGCCGCUGGGAAGUCCACCCUGGCCCACCGGGUCCUGGGUGCCGCCGCAGAGUUUGGAUGGAGAGCUGCUGUGGUGCCAUAUGAUGACCUGAUCCCUGAGCAGGCUUUUCACACUCAAAUUGUGGAGCAUGGUGUCGAAGUAGAAGAUAUGCACUCAAACUGGAAGUCCCACAGACAAGCAGUGUUGCACAGCAUUGAGCAGUUCUUGCAGAGACCCGAAGUGGCAACAAAGCUCCAGAUCAGCUCUCUGAUCAACAGCACAGCCUGGCAACAAUGUACUCAAGCGAUGCUGCGGCCUGAAGAUUUAAAGUGUGACGGGACGCCACUUCUCUUCCUGCUAGAUGACAACUUCUUCUAUCCAAGCAUGAGAUAUGAAGUGUAUCAACUUGCAAGAAAGUGUUGUCUGGGCUUCUGUCAGGUGUAUCUACAUUGUGAUUUAGAGUCCUGCAUUAGCAGAAACUCUAGCCGGUCUAAACCCGUUCCUACUGAAGUCAUACUGGAGAUGGAGAAGCGUUUGGAACCUCCAAAUCCACAAAAGAACUCGUGGGAAAUGCAAAGCAUCUCACUCGACACAGCAGACGGCGUGUCCAAAUGUGACGUCCAGAAAGUGAUGGAGUUGAUUUUUUCAGCCCUGAAAAAUCCUCUGAGCCAACUAGAAGACAACACUGAACAAAAGGAGGCCGAUCGUCUUAAAUGCGCCACGAGCGUGGUCCACCAGGCUGAUCGGGCCUGUCGACGCCUCAUAUCUGAAACCAUGAAGGCCGCCAGAGAUAAUCAAGCCCCCUCUGACCGCAUGCGCCUCAUGGCUGCUCAGCUGAAUGAAGCUAAAGCGACGUUCCUUCACAACCUUCGGCAGCGGUUCCUACAGGAGGCGCCGUUCUUUCAGGAGGAGGACAUUGACGCCGAGCAGGUGGCGAAACGAGCAGUGCGAAGCAUUUUUGAUGACCAGAGGAAAGAUAUUGCAUCGAGAUUUAUAAAUAAUGGUGAAUGACUUGAAGUCUUUAAAAACAAAACAUUUCAAAUUUAUAAGUUUAGCAUUUAAUGCAUACUGCCUGCUUUCAUGCCAGAGUUUGAGACGAAAAUCAUUAUAUUCUGAGCUGUAGCCUUUUUAUCAAAACCCUAASUUACAUCAAAUGCCAACUCAUAUAAUACCUCACAUGAUCUGCUAGCAUAUCUAUUGUACUAUCACAUCAAAUUUUAGCUAAACAUCUGYAGAUAUCAAAGGGGUACAGCCAUUCUUUUGUGUAGAUCCAAAAUGAUAAGCUAUUGUGACCAUGUUGGUUUGUGUUGACACCAAAAGAUUAUCGGUUAUAGUUGUACAGCCAAUAGUUACUUUCUGAAAAAUUCAUCGGAAUACGGUUCAGUGGUUUGGGAGAUAUUUUGCUAACACAUCAGGGUUGAUUUAAUAAUUAAUACCAAAGAUGUCUUAAAAUGUGUUCAAAGUGUGUUGGAGGCAAUGCUCCGCUACUGCCACACCAACUUGUAGCAGCUAGCUCAACGUCUGGAAGAAUUAGCUUAGCGUCAUUUUUCACCUUUGGCAGCAGGUGAUAAAAUUCCAUCCCAGUGUACACAUCGGUUUUAUUAUGCAAGUAAGAAUUUGCCUUUUUUUGUUUUUGUUUMUUUAUUUGACCCCCAUUAGCAUCAGCAGCGUGUUGCAUCAGCUUUUUUUUCCUUUUGAGUUAGCAGACRGCACGAACGUGUGAAACAAACUCAAGAAAACACAUUUUCUUAAUUUAUUAAAUAAAAGUUUUUAGAAAACGCA